AUGGACAUAAAUGCAGCAUCAGAUAGAUGUCCGGCAAAAAUCCGACAACGGGAAGAAGUCCAGCGCCGGGUAGAAACUUGGCAACGAGCAGAGGUCCGGUGUAAGGCUUCGGCUCGACGGCUCUCCCUUCCCACGGCGGCCAUGAAAGCUGUUAGAAAAGUAACAAGAUCCAAUGGGUUCGCCAACAUCUUGGCCAUAGGCACGGCCAACCCUCCCAAUGCAGUGGAACAGAGCAUCUUCCCUGACUUCUACUUCCGCGUCACUAAUUCCAAUCAUCUCGUCGAUCUCAAAAACAAAUUCCAGCGAAUCUGUGAGAAAACAGCUAUCAGGAAGCGCCAUUUCGUUUGGGACGAAGAGCUUCUUCAAAAGAACCAGUGCCUCCGCACAGCCAUGGCUCCGUCCUUGGCCGUGAGGCAGAAGAUAGCAGCGGUUGAGGUUCCCAAAUUGGGCAUGGAAGCAGCCGUGCGCGCCAUCGAUGAGUGGGGGAUGGCAAAGUCUCGCAUAACGCAUCUCAUCUUCUGCACGACGAGCGGCGCGAACUUACCCAGUGCCGACGUUAUUCUCAUACGACUCCUCGGCUUAAACCCCUCCGUCAAGCGCGUCAUGCUUCAUCAGCAAGGAUGCUUCGCCGGCGGCACAGUCCUCCGCAUCGCCAAAGAUCUCGCCGAGAACCACAAAGGCGCUCGCGUUCUGAUCGUGUGCGCCGAGACAACAGUGGUGGUUGUUCGCCCGCCGUCGGUAAAACGCCAGGAUGAUUUGAUUAUCCAAGCUCUUUUUGCUGAUGGGGCUUCGGCUCUGAUUGUGGGAGCCGAUCCUGAAGAGUCGGGAAAUGAGAAACCGAUAUUCUCAAUCAUUUCCGCAACGCAGGUUUUGCUGCCGAAUUCAGAGGGGGCUAUAAGAUCAGGAUUGGUGGAGAGAGGAGUAAUAGCUACCAUCCACAAGGAUUUGCCGAUUCUUGUAUCGCAGAGCAUUGAAAAAUGUCUACAGGAGGCGCUCAAUUUCAACCCACUUGAUGUUUUUGAUUGGAACUCCAUUUUUUGGGUGGCGCAUCCGGGCGGGCGGGCAAUUCUUGAUCAGUUGGAGGAGAGGCUGAGGCUGAGGCCGGAGAAAUUAAUGGCGUCGAGGCAUGUGUUGGCGGAAUACGGGAACAUGGCCGGAGUUUCUGUGCAUUUUAUUCUUGAUGAGGUGCGCAAGAGAUCUGUGAAAGAAGGGAAGAUGAGCACCGGAGAAGGGUUUGAGUGGGGCGUGCUGUUGGGGCUUGGCCCGGGAAUUACUGUGGAGACUGUGCUGCUUCGUAGCGCUCCUCUUGUUUGA